AUGUUCGCCAAGCUCUUCACACUCUUCGCCCUCGCAAUCCUUGCCGUCGCCACCCCCGCACCCGCGGCGGACGCAUCCUGCAGCACCGGGGCUCUCCAGUGCUGCCAGUCGGUCGAGCCCGCCGGAAGCGAGGCCGUGGCACCGAUCCUGGCGGGCCUCGGCGUCGUGGUGCAGGACCUCAACAUCCCCGUCGGCGUCACCUGCACGGCCAUCACCGUUGUCGGGGUCGGCAGCGGCUCUAGCUGCUCCGAGAACACCGUCUGCUGCGACGACAACAGCUUCGGAGGCCUCGUAUCCAUCGGAUGCCUGCCCGCGUCCGUCUAA